AUGUCUGAUAUCAACCAAGUUAAACAAAAGGUUAAACAAUCCUUGCCAAAGGGUACCAAAAAAUUUGAUUCAAAAUCACUUCAACAUGUCAACAACUACUCCUUAGUUAAACAACUUGAGCAAUUGAUUUUAUCCAUUUCCCUUUUCAAAACCAUUCAUCAACAGUUUGUAUUGCCAAUUUAUCAAUUUCUCAUCACUAACGUAUUGUCAAUUUCUCCAAUUUAUGAAAUUGCCGACUUAGUUGAUGGAUUCAAUCUUUAUUUCCUUGGUGUUUUCGAUCAUUUGUUUAUUGACUUGCCUAACAAGGUCAUUAAUUUUGUUGUCGUAAAUUUCAUCAAGCCUAUCAAUCAACAAAUUAUUCAUGUUAAUAACACAUUUUUAAAACCGGUUGAAAAUGAAGCCGAAGAUUCAAUUUUCCAAAUUUAUUACACUAUUAAAUCAAUUGUGUAUAAUGCUACAUCUACUGCAUUUUCAAAAUCGAACGAAAUUCAACAUCAAAUUUUAUCAACUUACAAUCAAGAAUUAUCAUCAACACCAGCAAACAAGUCAUAUUUGGAAAAAAAUUUAACCGCAAGUUACAAUACUGGAGUCAAGACCGUCAAGACUUUAAAUGAUGAUUUUAUUGUUCCUUUAAAGAAUCAAACGCAAGAGUUUGUUACAAAUGGUAAAAAGAAUGCCGAGUCAUUUUUGAAAGAGACUAGGGAUAAGAUUGAACCUAAAUUAAAUAAUGCUGCUGCUGAAUUGAAUGAUAAAAAGGAUGACUUGUUGAAGAACAAUUCAGUUCCCGUGCCAGCUAAUUAA